GUCUGAGUCUGAGUCCGAGUCAGCGCUCAAGACAAGCGCAGAGAGUGCGUAUAGUUUCAAAUUCCUCAAGGAAUGGUUAUGGACGUAGAAGAGACUGGAACCGGCUUGAAGUUUCCUUAUUGGAACCCGCUACGAAGGCGUUUCGCACCGGAUGCUCCAUUUUUCGCCGCUGGUAGCAUAGAAAGAGAACUCCUCGCCAAACAAGUUGCUUUGGAUUUAACAGAGGAAGAAAAACAGCAGAUACGAGAAGGAGUGGAAGAUUGGGGAAGCAGUGAAGUGUUUUGCCAAAUCGUUGGUUGUGGAGCAUAUCUGAAAUCUUUGGAGGACUUUGAAGAUCAUUAUAAUGCACGGCAUAUGGCAUCUUGUUCAGUCUGCUCACGAGUAUAUCCAACGUCACGCUUACUUAGUAUACAUGUAUCUGAAGCUCAUGAUUCUUUCUUCCAGGCAAAAGUUGCCCGUGGAUAUGCUAUGUAUGAAUGCCUUGUUGAAGGUUGUGAUGCCAAGCUGAAGAGCUACAAGAGCCGGCAUCAACACCUAGUUGACAAGCAUAAAUUCCCCCCUUCAUUCGAGUUCUUCAAGAAGGCUAAACCAUCUAAAAGACAGAGGCAGAAAGUCUUGCGCAAACAAGCAUUGCACAAGACAGAAAAUGCAUCAACUGAAAUGCAAGUGGAGCAAGAAAACAUCGACAAUCUUGUUUCAGCAGUCUCAAGAUUAAGCACUUCUGAUUCUCCUUCAUCAAUCAGUUUUGGACGCCGCCAUACUCGUGGUCUUGCUUUUGUGCCUCGAGCCAUUCAGAAAGAGAGAAGACCGGACCCUUCACCAGAGCAAAUGAAAAGAUAGCAGGAAUUCCUCGACUUUCUUGGUUAACCAGAUAGGUGGCAAUGUCUUUCUCUACCAAUGGGGUCUGAAAGUAUUUUGUAUAAAAUGCUACAUGUCUUUUCAGUUUUUGCUGGAGUGCUUCUGCAAUGCCCUGCAGUAAUUUGCUGAGCCACUCAAUUAUAUGCAUUUUUCUGUGAAGAAAAUUUCUGUAGAACCAUCAAUUUUGUGAAGAGAAAUUAGAGAUUCACGAGUGUUCUUCUUUC